AUGAUUAGGGACUACGAAAGCCUUGUGGAGGCGGCGGCUCAUCUUGAGACCAUGGUUCAGAUGGAGAAAGAGCGGAUGAGGGGCUUAAGGAGGAGUCAGGAAGCUCAGAGUGAGACUCGAGGCAGUAAGAGUAUUUCAUUUUUGGGUCUUGCGAUUAAUGAAGAGAGUGUUUUUGUCAAUCCUAGCAAAAUUGAAGCCAUUGUGAAUUGGCUAAGGCCAACAAAUGUGUCGGAGGUUCAUAGUUUUCUAGGUUUGACAGGUUAUUAUAGAAAGCUUGUGAAAGACUUCUCAAAGAUUGCUAUAACAUUGACACAGUUUACUCGAAAGGGAGUGGCAUAUGAAUGGACCGAGGAUAGAGAAUCAGCUUUCUAG